AGACGCGCGGAGUUUGUUUUCAUUCAUCACCCACGUUGUCAAAGCGGAUGGAGAGAUUCUAAUCUUUCAAUGUACCAUCAUGGACGGUAUAAAGGAUUGUGUUGAGUGUAUUACUGAUGCAUACACAUGUCUUCUCAACGGAUCACCUCCGAACCAAAUCGCCAGUGAUUUAGUAACCAAUAUAUGUGCAGUACUAUGUCGAAAUGUUACUCUGCAAGACGAUUCGUGCUUGUUGUGUGCAUGGAGUAACACUGCGAAAUGUUCCCAUGUAAAUAUGACCGAGCUGACUUGUAUCACUCUGACGCUGGUCGACAAGAUACAUGUCGAUCUCAUGUCUCAGACCAUGCGGCCAGAAACUACUCUGUACCUCUCGCAAAUCCAACAAGUGUUUCAAGAGGCAAAUGUCAUGUCCAGACUUGUUCAUCGAUUCCACACCGACGACCAGAUGAUAUCCCAUUUGGCUGCCAAAUGUGUAUCAUCAUACGUUUCCUACCAGCUCCAUACUUCUGUAAGCAUUGAGGGGGAAAUCAACCAAAUCUGGCAACAGACAUGUGUGCAGGCAUUUCAGAACGGCCCCACUGGCAAAGAACUGGAUCCAUGCAUGUGGUCUUUCAUCAGUGUCUUUAAAAUACUUCUUAAACACUCAGACAAAAGAAAAACGGAGAUUCUCCAGAAGCUUCUAAUGGCCUUCGAUCCCCACCUGACUACUCUAGUCUCUCGCUUCCUCCCUGAGGAGGAAGUCGACGACGGACUGUCUGCGGUGCAUUUACCCACCAACACCCGCAGCUGGGGCGUGACCUUCUCCUCCCUCCUGGACCUGUUGGAGAUCCUCUGUGCCUCCAGGUUGAUGUGCAGCACCGACGUUUGCUCACCAUGCCACAGACUGGCGUACACAAGAGCACGACCCCUCAUUAAAACAACCGCCUCCUCCUCCUGCGACUACAUCCUGAAGAGGCGCGUACUGCUGCUCAUGAAGAGGACUCUGCUUCAGAAGGCCGGAGAGGACCUGGCCCUCGGGGAGAUCUCGGCCCCGGCGUCCAGAGAUGAGCACUUCGGGACCGAUAUGGGGGCACUGGCGGACACCGUGUUGGGAGCGGUCUCUGCCGAGUGGUUGAGGUUCGUACCCGUGGAGAUGGUGGCGGCAGCCUCUUUUGGAGGACCUUACCGUGGUCCCGGCCAGGGAGGCGGUCGGAAUCGGAAGCCAGACCACGUGAUGCUCAGAGCGGUUGGUCUGGUGGUCCUCAAGUCCCUGGAGCUGACACUGCAGACAGGAGCAGCUGCUGACCGCACCGUGGAAGCAUGUCUUGGGGUUUUGUUUGGGUUCCUGCAGGACCGUGGGGUCCCGCUGGCAGAGUCCUCCCACCUCUGCUGCUGGUACCUGCUGGUCUUCACCGAGCAGGACGAUGACAUGAUGGAAGCGGCCAAAACGUUACUCGCCCUGUACCUUCGUUACAACAGCCGGUGUCCUGGUCUAAAUCCCGAGGCUGUGUCGGCGACGUCCUGCUCCUCUGGUUUCAACCCCCACUGCCACUUCCUGCUCUUCCUCCGGAGCGUCUCCUUUGAUCCCAGCACCCUCCUGGACUUCCUCAUCUCCUCGGAAACCUGCUUUCUGGAGUACCUGGUGCGCUACCUGAAGCAUCUCAGGGCGGACUUCCCGGGAUUCUUGCUGGCGUGUCGGAAAAUGGAGGAAUCUGACCCUCGUGUUCGAGCACAGCUUUCAUUUUCCGUACCGGUGCGUGUCGGAACGCCGGGAACCACACACGCAGCCUCAGAUCGUGACCGGACCAAGCUAUUUACCAGGCGUACCGCACACGUGCCAACCAGACCGGCGUCUACUGGUUUGGGCUCUGGGCUUUGCCUAGUUGACUACAGUAGCUCGGACGAGUCCGGUUCAGAAGAGAUGGAGGUCUCGCAAGCUUCGCACAAGGAUGCUGACGAGGGGAACAGGAGAGCGAAGCUUCCUGACUCUGAGAAACGUGCCAUGUCUGCACCAGCAGACGACAAUCUACCUGACAGAACAGCUCAGGUGCAGGAUGUAGUGUGUGACCAUGGGCAAGAGAGGCCAACACCGUAUUUGGGCCUAGCAGCAUCACAGUUUGGACAAACAACAGGAUUGGCUCACACGCAAGGUGGUAGAACAUUGACCAGAUCCCUGUUGUGCCUGUCAGACCUUAGAAGGGUUGUGGCUAAGCUUAACACCAAAAAUCUGUUUCCCUAUAACCCCAAGUCGCUACUUAAACUCUUGGCACAGGCUGAGGAGGUGCAUCUAUCUCACCUGUCACCUAACACCUAGACUUAUAAACGAUGAAAUCUAUGCAUUUGGUGUUUUGUAUAGUGGGCUUUGAAUAUAUCUCUAUAGGAGAAUAUGGUUUGGUGUUAUGAUGACAAUGUACUAUUGAAAUGAAAUUGAUGGGACUGUAUAACAUUUGUAUAUAUUAUAGGACAUGCAUGAUACCGAUGCUGCCUUAUAAGGAACCCCACAGAGCGUCAUUAUAUAGUGGGUAUAUAGUCAUUUCAUGUAUAAUGUCAAAGGUCAAAUCUUGCAUAUAAAUGUGUUCUCACCAUGACCAACCAUAUUUCUUAUUUUGAUUAAAUUAUCUGACGAUAAUCAAUGCU